AUGUCAACUCAAAAGUCAGGGCAUCAAAAAAGGAAAGAAAAGAAGGAAAGAGAGGACAGAGAACGCCAAAGUCGACAGUAUGUCACACAAUUUUUCAAAAAGAAAGACACAGAUUCAGCGGCUGCUGCACACCGACGUCCUCCUUCCCCCACCUGCCCCGUCCUCGUCUCAGCCGAACAAGAUGCAGAGUCAGCUUUAUUGUCUGCAUCUCCUCCUCCUACUAAUGACCCAGUCCUCUCAGUGUCAGAAACAAGAGAGGGACAGAGACUUUUGCCAGGAAAGAGUGUGGAAGUUGAGGAAGCGGUGAGAAUAGUGGAAUAUGAGAGCACAGAGGGAGCCCUAAGUGUAAGGGAAGAUAUUAGAAGAGAGGAAGAUGAGAGAACAGGGGAAGCCAUGACAGCAGACUCAGAGGAAGAUGAGAGAACAGGGGAAGCCAUGACAGCAGACUCAGAGGAAGAUGAGAGAACAGGGGAAGCCAUGAGAGCAGACUCAGAGGAAGAUGAAGAAGAGACUGUUGUGUCAAAUGAUCCUGGUUUGUGGCCAGCAAAAAUUAGCAAUGCAGACAGAGAAAAAAUUGUGGAAAAAAUUGCUUCUUCUAAAGAUAAAGAACAAGAAAUGCCACAUGAUUCAAAAGGUAAAGCCUUCCCCGAAUACCUCAAGUACACAAAGUCAGGAAAUUGCAGGGAAAAGAUUAAGAGAGACUGGGUCAUUUACAGCCAAAGCACAAAUGCACUAUUUUGUAUUCCUUGUGUAUUAUUUGGUCAUGAGCUAAAGAAACCUUGUAUGAGCGCACUUAGCAGUCAACAUGGUUAUACAAUCAAAGACAUAACAUGGCGUCGAAUGUAUGAUAAAUUCCCUAACCACGAAAGCAGCAAAGCACACAGGGAGUGCUACUUAAAAUGGAAAACCUUACAACAGUCUGUGAUGGCAGCUGUCCCUGGGGGAAUAGACAGCAAGCUGAAGAAGCUCAUACAAACAGAAAUAGACAAAAAUAGAGCUAUUCUGAAGAGGAUACUAGAUGUAACCUUGUUCUUGGCCUCUCGAAAUUUACCCUUUAGGGGUAAAACAAAAGACUUGGGGGACAUUCAUAAUGGCAACUUCUUGGGCACCCUUGAGCUCCUGUCCCAUUAUGACCCACUACUCAACGAACAUCUACAAAAAGUCAGAGACAAAAAAACUGGAACAAGAUUGACACACUAUUUAAGCUCAGAUAUUCAGAACGAAUUUAUUGAGUUAUGUGGAAAACGAGUGUUAAGUAGUAUUCUUAAGGAAAGGGAGGAAUCAGUCUAUUAUUCAGUCAUUUGCGAUGCUACUCCUGAUAUUUCACAUACAGAGCAAAAUGUAUUACUCUUACGAUAUGUAGGUUUUGAUCAAGAAAACAAGAAAUGGGAGGUUGUUGAAAGGUUUUUGGAGUUUAAAAAUGUUCACAAAAAAUCAGGAAGUGAGAUUGCAGACAUGAUUGUAAAUGUGCUUAACAGUCAUGGCAUAGAUCUGAAUGACUGCAGGGGCCAAGGCUAUGAUAAUGGGGCAAACAUGUCCGGAAAAAUCAAGGGGGUUCAAGCCCAAUUAUUAAAAAAGAAUAAGCUGGCUACUUUUUCCCCUUGUGCGUCUCAUACUCUGAACCUUGUUGGUGUGCAUGCAGCUCAAUCAAGUCCAGAGGUUACCAACUUUUUUGGCUUUGUCAAUCGCCUUUAUGCACUGGUUAGUGCCAGCCCAGAGCGAUGGGCCAUCUAUAAGGCAAAAACGGGUUGCACUUUACAUCGACUGUCAGACACUCGGUGGAGUGCAAGGGUUAAGGCUGUUCAACCUAUAGCCAAGCACCUGCCCAGUGUCCUAGAUGCUCUUGAUGCCAUCCUCUCAACCUGCAGUCUGACACCAGAGGCUCGGUCUGAAGCCAGCGGCCUAAAAAAGUAUUUUGAAACUUUUGAUACUGUUUUUCUGUUGACUGUUUGGGUCAAAGUUCUGCAAGCCAUUGACAAAAGGAAUAUUAUUCUCCAGUCAGGGAAGUUAACUCUUGAGACAGAGGCAGAAAAUAUCAGAGCAUUGCAGGAGGAGAUGCAACAUCUGAGGGAUGAAUGGGAGAGUUUAUUUUCUGAAGCAUCACUUGUUGCCCAACAGAUGAGCAUCAACCCUCUGUUCAGGUCAGGAUUUAGCCGCCAGAGGAAAAGAAAACGGUUUCACGAUGAGACAGAGGUAGAGGGAGCAAGGGAGCACAGUGAAGACACCAUAUUCAGAAACACUGUGUUUCUUCCCAUGAUGGACCACAUAAUCAAUGACUUGAGUACCAGGUUUGCCACAACAGCUGAGAUCUUGGAUCAGUUUUCUGCAGUUGUAAAAAUGGGUCAGUUACGUGAUGAUCAAAUCCAUUCUGUAUGCCAGCCAUUGAUUUCAAAAUACAACACUGAUCUGACUUGUGAAUUUGAAGAUGAAGUCAGACACCUCAACUCUGUAUAUAGGGCCACUUUCCCAGGGUGUCUGUCACCAAUUGAUCUGCUCAACAGCAUUUACAAGAUGCAGCUGCAGAGUAUUUUUGGGCAGGUCUGCAUAGUUUUGCGUAUAUUUUGCACACUGCCUGUGACCGUUGCUGGUGGCGAGAGAGCAUUCAGUAAGCUGAAACUGAUCAAAGAUUAUCUGAGGUCUGCUAUGUUGCAGGAUAGACUUUGUCACCUUGCCAUUCUAUCCAUUGAAAGCGAACUGGCAAGAAAGCUGAACUUUGAUGAUCUUAUACAUGAUUUUGCCAGCAGAAAGGCACGCCGCUGGGCCAUUAUAAAGUGAUAAUGAAAAUAACUUUGUUAGCUAAAGCUUAAGCUUGUUAAUGUAAAGAAUAUGUCAAUAUGUGUACAUAAUGUUCUGUUGUGCUUGCAAUUGCAAUUGCGAUAAUAAAUGUUCUCCCUUUUAUGUGAACAAGUACAUAUUUCUAUAUUUUUUCUUGUUUUUGUAGGCUUUGUACUCAUCUUUAGACAUUUCAACUAUGAAAUGUGCUAAGUAUCUUUUUUUAAGUAUACAGGGCAUGUUUAUUGGGGUAAAUUUUAUCUGAAAAAAAUGUAGGGGGCCCAGAAAUUUUGGUUUCCAUAGGGCCCAGAAUUUCUGGCGGCACCCCUGCUAACCAGAGAACUGAUCUUGUUGAAUAGCACGAGAAAUGUUGUUAUAGUCAUUCUUAAAUGCCUGAAGGAAAGUCGUCAAAGUAUUCUGAAAUUGCCUCUUAGAACCAUCACGACUGUGUUUACCCAAACAGCAGGCCUACAGAAAAGAAGCGUAUUUGUGGUGUUUCGUAAUCAUCGGCUUGCGCAAGAUUAAUUAUAGAUGAAAAUUAUUAUAUUCAGUGGCUUCUCUUACUUUUCUCACUGAUUGUGGUCAAUAAGGUGGGGCCGGUGGUGUGAUUGACAGUUGGAAUCAACUUUGUUACAUUGGUGCCGAAACCCGGGAGGAAGGAGA